AAGCGGAAGUGCGUGACUGAUUACAAUAGUCGAAGUUUGUUAUCGCUACAGUUUGACUUUUGCUCUGUUGUUAUAUACUUUUGUGAGGUCGGCGAUGUGUGUUUAGUCACAUUAACCGUUGACUUUGUGUAAUUAUUUUGGAAUGGCCAAAGAAAAGCGACACAGGAGAAGGGAAUCUCCCGAGCGGGAGUCUAAAGUUAAGAUAAAGCAGGAGAAGCUUAGCCCUGUUAGGCCACAGACAUCACGCCGCUCCAGGUCGAGAUCCAGCGGCAACUCAAGUCCACAGAGGAGAAGAACAAGCAGGUCCCCUGCCAGGACAAAGGACCGCUCACCGGGCAGAAAAGAGACAUCUCCCGCCAGACGAGGCAGCAGAUCCCCCAGAAACAGGAGAAGUCGCAGUCCCCAUCGCGGGGCUGAUGUCAAAAUAAAGCGGGAGCGAGAUGAGCAUCGAGCUGGUGGUGAUGAGCGGAGGAGAAGAAAUGACCAGCCAGAGGAGAGACGGAGCAGGUGGGAAUCAGACAGACCACGGGAGAGAGACCGUGGCGGAGACAGACACAGAGAACGAGGCGCAUUUGCUUCCCAACAAGCUGAGCGUCAGCAACACAAUGAGCGGCGCAGGGAAAACCACCAGCGGCGCGAAGAAAACCAAGAAGAUGCUUUUGGAGAGUCCGAAGGAGGGAGCAGUGACCCAAAUGCUGCUCCCGUUGAGAAAGAGAAACCCAACUUUGAACUGUCAGGGGCGCUCACAGAAGAUACCAACACAUUCCGAGGGGUGGUGAUCAAGUACAACGAGCCACCUGAGGCUCGCAUUCCCAAGCGCAGAUGGCGACUGUACCCUUUCAAGAAUGAUGAACCCCUUCCAGUCAUGUACAUUCACAGACAGAGUGCCUAUUUGUUGGGGAGGCAGAGAAAAAUUGCUGAUAUCCCCAUUGACCAUCCUUCCUGCUCCAAGCAACAUGCGGUAUUCCAAUAUAGACUGGUGGAGUUUAGGCGUGCAGAUGGCACCACUGGCCGCAGGGUGAGGCCUUACAUCAUUGAUCUGGGUUCUGGCAAUGGCACCUACCUGAACAACCAGCGCAUCGAUGCCCAGCGCUAUUAUGAGCUCAAAGAAAAAGACGUACUAAAGUUUGGCUUCAGCAGCCGCGAGUACGUCCUCCUGCACGAGUUCUCAGACACAAGUGAGGUGGACGCCAAGCAGGAAGAGGAAGAUGAUGAUGAGGGCCUUGAUGAGUAAAAUUGUUCCUAUGAACUGUAUUGCCUAAAGUUCAUUCAGGGUUACAGACCAUCAUCACCAGUUUUCAAUAAAUAGCGGUUUCUGCAGUGAAUGGAACAAUUAAUUACUGGUUAACUGGUAAAUGUGGAACUUUAUUAGAAUAAUGGAGCAGGGCUGGUUUGUGUAUUUUGUAAUUACUGAACUAUUGCUUAAACCUGCCACAACGGUCUCAAGGAAGACUUCCUAUUCUCAGGUUGUUUGUGCAAUGUCUGUGUGAUGCAUGACUGAUCUCUCAACUGACAGUGCUCACAAUAAAUAAAAAAAGAAGUGCUCAGUGCCAGAUAAAGAUAUCUUGCUAAAUACAAUAGUUAAUUUUAUAUUUUUGGAUCACAGCACUGAGUACAAAGUAUACCUGAAAACUUAAUUUCUUGUCUAAGUCCAGGCUGCAUAUGUUAAUGUACAUGAUAAUGUGGAAUGUGAACUUUAGAUUCAUGUUUAAUAAGCAUUGCUUUUUGUCAGAGUAAACAUACAUACAUACAACUUUUAAUGAUAUUGCCUUUUUUGCUUUGUAGUGCAGGGAAAUAGUUGAUGCUGUUGUGUGUAAGUAAAGACUCCCCUUUUUAUUUUUGUCUGGUCACAGGCCCACGGCAUUCAUAGUAAAUUUCCAUUUUUGUACUGUAAAUAAAGAAGAAAAUUUC